GGGCGUCCUGCCCCGAUCCGAGGACGUAAUUGUGGAUGAGAGGGACCACUCGCUGUCCUGGCCGUAGGGGACGAGAGCCGGCCCAGGACUCUACCUUGCGGGAUGUGGCUCGACCCUUGACCUUAUAUCAUAUGUACCUGGUCGUCCUGGUACCUUGAUGCGCACCCGACUGCAGCUGCGGUACCAUCCCGCAUUGUGCCUUUUGACCCCCUGGCAGCUAUAGCUUCCUGAUGCAACACUCUUAUACCUUGGGCUAGCUGCUAGACCUUCGCAUCACUGCCUCCCCACACCCAGACCAACCCCCAGACAGGUCUCUAUUGAUCCGUCUGGCCGCCUCCAUUACACGGCCCUGGUCCUGAGCCCUCCGAGUCUGCCCCCCAUUCUCUGCAACCCUCCCAGACGGGGGGUCUAGCAUUACCCUUGCCGGUACAGGCCGUCCUGCAAACAUACAUGUAGCCGUGGUGCGGCCCAUCACUUGGUCGUCCUGCACCUCUCUACAGGUCAGCUACUGUACAUCAGCGUUUGCGAACUGCAUGCGACGUCUGUAACUGCAGUAGGCUCCUCUCUAUCGUUGCGCGAGCCAUCUGACUGUCACUGCUUCCCAGAGGCCAUUCGUUUGUCUGGACCAGCAUCUCUUCCGUCGGGCGUCUCGUCGUUUGGCAAUGUCUGGCGGACAAGACCGCCUGAACAACCAACGAGACCACCAGGACGGCCGUACUGCUGACACCGGCGAGAUAGACCAGCUGAGGGUCGAUAUUUUAUGAGAGGUGCUCAAGCUCUGUUUCGAAACAUCAGAGGGCAACUGGGAAGCUUUGGGCCCGAACCUUCUUGCGGCCUCGUCCUGUCCUUGGGUGGGAAUUAGCCUCGGCGUGCAUUGCAUCUGCGCCCUCUCGUUUGGGACGCGCGCACCACAAAGCACCGCACCGCACCGCACCGCACCAUCAACGUCGACGGCCGCCACAGCUGUCGAUGACACAGUGCCUCUAGCCAAAGGGAGACUCGAGUCCAUUACACAGAACUAUCCAGGAACCAAUUGUCGUCAUCUGAUGCAUGCCGCCUUCCGUACAUGAAGAUCAAUCACAUCAGUCCUGUCGGGUACAGAGAUAUCCUCCCCCACACUUACAUCGCAUACUCCGGGUCGCGCACCCGUCUUUUUUCUUGUCCUGGGAGUCCCCAGCAAACUCUAGAUUUGCACCAGGCCUCACUUCGUCCUCAGGGGAAAAUACUUUUCGAGUUGAAGGAGCAUCGCACAGCACCUCGGGACCGACUGGAGUAUACACAGGAUGCACAACCAAGGCGGGAUAGGAGGAUCGUCAAGCAUGGACCAAGAUACACACCUCGCUCACCAUGAGCAGGCCUAUGGCCACGACCAAUGGAACGACAUGAGCCCCUACAUUCAGACGACAAUGUCGGAGUACGGCGGCGGGUUUGGCUACAUGCCUCCCAUCUCACACGGCUUACCGUCCGAACACCUGGGCCGGAUGCCGCCGUCGGCAACGCCUCCCCAGCAGCCGCUGCCUCAGCAUCACUCGCAACCGGCACACCAUCCAACGCUGCCAAUGCUGAUGGUGCCGUCACAUCCGACGUGGCCGAGCAUGCUCACGAACCCAAACGGGUACAACACGUCUCCCCCGGUCGCAAUCCCUCCUGCAUCGGCACCGAUCCAGUCCCUGAAGGCCGCGAGGCCCAUAGCACCGCCGAUUGCAUCGCAGCCCAGGAAGACGCUGACGGACGACGACCGCCGCCGCAUGUGCCAGUAUCAUAUUGACAACCCCUCGAUGAAGCAGACCGAAAUUGGCGCGCUGUUUGGCGUGGAGCGAAGCACUGUGUCCAAGGUCCUUAGUCGCAAGGAUAAGUGGCUCAAUCCGGAGGACCGCAGCAGCUCGCCAAUCAAGAAGAGCAAGGGAAAGAUCCCGGACAUCGACAAGACGCUGGCCAACUGGCUGCGCAACGAGCAGCACAAGGGCCGCCGCGUGUCAGAUGCCGAGAUACAGGAGCAAGCCCGGAUGUACGCCCGUCCAUUCAGGGAGGCGGAGACGAAGAUCAACAACCCUUCAUGGCUUGAGAAGUUCAAGCAAAAGCACGGCAUGGGAGGGCGGUUGAUCAGGAGGGCCUCCGAGACGAACAUUCCCAGUGCUGUUGGGAAGCUGUCGACCACCUCACCGACGCUUGCGAACUCGCAGCCUACCAGCUCCAUCUCGUCAGCCUCACCUGUGGCGAACCACUCCGUUUCGCCCUUCUCGGCUGGGCCUCGAGUAGGGGGGGAGGACGAUAAGGAGAGCGGCGGCAGCGGGAUGAUGAUGGACUUUUCUUCUGCGCCCUCAUCGAGCACAGCUGGACCAACCUUCAAGUACCCCUCGACAAACCAGAGCAGCACAUCACUAAGCAGCAGCGGGUUCGCAUCUGACACCGGGGGCUCGUCGUUCUCGGAAAGCACAAUGAGCCCCACGGGCACAGGACAGUUCACAUUUUCUCCAGAUCCCAACAUGGGAGGAUUCUUGUCGUCCGACCACUCGCAAGCAAGACACAUACCGCCUGGCGGGCCCAACUUCCAACGGCCACGGAGUCAGACAUUCCCGACACUUGAUCUGGAGUACAUGAACGACACGUCGAGCCACGAGCACAACGACCCCGUCACGCCCAAGUUCCCACCAGGCCAGCACGGGGUCCCGUCGACAGCGCCGUCCUCGGCAAUCGAGUCGCCCGCCCACGAGUUCGCAUCCGCCGGACCAUUCGGGAUCGACAACACGAUGGCCUCGCCCCACCACCAGAGCCACAACGCACUGCGGCACAGCAGCAGCGCCAGCAGCCUCCAGGGGCGGCAGCAGCAGCAGCAGCAGCAGCAGGGCGGCGCCGGCGGCACGACGCCCAUAAUCGGGAGCGCCGCGAUGUCGUCGGUCGCCUCGUCGCCCGUGUCGCCCACGCAGGAGGACGCGAGGCGGGCGGCCGACACGCUGCUCUCCUUUAUAGCCAACAGCGGGCCGAACGCGUUCGUGGACCAGAGCGACUACAACGCCGUCAUACGGCUGACCGAGAAGCUGCGGCUGCACCAGCAGGCGCAGCAGGCCGCCGCCGCGAGGGGCGGGCAGGGCCUGGUCGGCGGCAUGCAGAUGGGCGGGAUCCCCAUGGGCCUGGGCAUGGGCGGCCUGGACCGGAUCCCGGAGGGGGACGCCGAGAUGGGAAACACCGGGCAGCAGCACCUCGAGGACGGGGGCAUGGUCAAGCACGAGGGGACCAUGGUAUGAGGGGCGGGGCUACACAGAGAGAGAGAGAGAACAAACCGGCGCUCUCCUCUUCUUCCUCUCUUUUUUCUCCCCCCUGCCUGGGGCCGGCGCCCUUUCUCCAUUAUUGUCACUGACUCUCUCUUCCACACUCUCACACACAUACGCGUACACACGCACACACUGCUACGGCGUCUGAUUACAGCGGGAUAUUUCCACUCCCUCCACGGGGAAACCAAACCAGGGUCGAUUGGCGAGGGGGAACAAAAAAAAAACCAACCACGAUCAUCGGAUACCAACAAGGCCAGCCAUCAUCGGACUUUACACAUUGAGCAACGACGUCUCGCGACGCACCAUAUUAUCAUCAUCGUCGUCAUCCAUCCAUCAUCCCCCGAGGGGACGGACGACAAAUCGGAACAAAAGUUCACAGUCAAACAAACCAUCAAGACAACUUCGCCCCCAAAGGCCCCCCACAAAAUAUUGUUAUCCUCUUUUGGUCCUUCUUCAUCAACACCCAAACCAUCAUCAUCAUCGUCAUCAUCAUCGUCAAGAGCGACCGACCUGCGCCCAUCACCAGCAGCAGGUCGGCCUCGAGUUACACAACACAACAUACACAUAUACCCCGGACUUAUUAUUUUUUCUUCCACACGGCACAAGGAAAGAACUCUCCCGCUCACGCGAAAAAAAAAGAUCGGAAGGAUUCCAGGAACGCCUCUCCCCUUUUUCUCCUUCGACGCCAUUUUUUUUCUCUCCACACCAGCUCUAUCUCGGCUCUUCUUGCCUCCCCCCUUUCGACUCCUCUUGCAUACCGGCUUGGGGAGGACAAGGGGGAUGGGGCGCCGGAGGGUUUCACGGGCACCUUGGGUUCAAAUCUUUGUCAUUUCUCAUUUUCAUAUAUAUUCUUUUUCUUUUCUUUCACUUUCAUUUCUCGUCUUUCCUUGAAUCUCCUCUUGAUCUGUAGUUUUAUGGAAGUUUUCUUUACCGGGGUUUUUCUUUUCCUUUUUUUUUUCCUCUUCUCGAUCUACAUUUCUUUUUCUUUUCUUACCCCCCAUGUGUGCGUCUUUGAUGGAAAGGGAAACUGGCCGAAGGAAUAUGGAAAGAUACCUACCGGAUUCUGCAAGGGUUGCUGGGCAGGGGAAGGACAGGCGUGCGUUGCGGGCGGGCGGGCGGGCGGGCGGACGGAUUGAAUGUUGUGUGCCUGGGUACACAGAGAGCACAUGGGGACGAUCGAUACCCAAAGGGGGGAGAUGGAGGGAUAUGGGGAUACCCCAAGGUGGCCAGGAUACUCGGAAUGAAAUGGGCGAGGGGGGGUGUUGGUGCACAAUGAAUGGUAUGGUACGGGAUGGGAUGCAUUGGCUUGCAUAAUGGGAUGGGGGAACGAACCACAGGUACAGUAUACACAAAGAAUUGAUACCUCAGAGGGAUUUUGACAUUGGCUCUCUCUCUCUCUCUCUCUCUCUCUCUCUC